AUGGCGGCAACCAGGCCAGAUGCCUCCCAGGCGGAUCAGCAAAGUGCCGCUGCGACUCCAAGGGAACCUUCCUCUGCGCCGACAAGACCUGCCGAAAGAUGUGCGGAUGCCAGCGAAUCGACUAACUCUGCAGACACCGAUUUUCCUCUGUUGUACCGUCCAACCGUCCACGGCGACACAGAUAUUGACAUAAUCUGGCAUAACCUCUAUGCUGAUUCUGACUUUUCCGUGUUUCGCAAGCGGUCGGAAGGCCCUAUUGAGCGUAUUCUGACUGAUUUUGCGGGUGUCGUGCAGGCAGGCGUGUUUGAGGAGGUUGUUAGUUUGUCUGCAUCCAAGUACAUGUUUACUGUUACCGUGGUUUGCAGUAAACAGUGGGAUGAGGUUUCAAAGUUUGUCAUGUCUGUUCUGUAG